AUGUCAACAUCGAAUAUACCACCUAUUCCUGCUUCUGCCUAUGAAGAAGGUUUAUUUAUUCAAGAAUUAACUCCUAUUGGAGGUAGUCUUGUUGGAUCUUUUUUUGUUGGACUUAUUCCAUUGUUGACUGUACUAGUGAUGUUAGGUGGUAUAAAAGCCCCUGCUCAUUAUGCAUCCGCUGCUGGUCUUAUUGUUUGUAUCUUUAUUGCUAUUUUUGCUUGGCAUAUGCCAGCUCAACAAUGCUUUGAAAGUAUUGCAAAUGGAAUAGUUUUUGCUAAUUGGCCUAUCAUGUGGAUUGUCGUCAACGCUAUGUUUAUAUAUAAUACAGCUGUGCUUUCUGGUAUCUUUGAUCUUUUUAGAAGAUGGAUGAUCACUAAUACACCUCCAGAUCAACGCGUUAUUCUCCUAAUUGUCGGAUUUGCCUUUGGUGCAUUAUUAGAAGGUGUAGCUGGUUUUGGUACUCCUGGUGCCAUUUGUUCCGCAAUGAUGGUAUCACUCGGUUUUGAUCCGGCUGAUGCUCUAGUUUAUACCUUGGUGUUUGACACUGUUCCUGUUGCAUUUGGUGCUCUUGGGAUACCUGUUACGACAUUGGCCACUCUCACUGGCUUAUCACCAUUGGCCUUGAGUGCUAUGAUGGGUCGACAACUUCCUCUCAUGUCUCUCUUUUUACCGUCAUAUGCUUUGCUUUUCUUCGCAGGUCCUCGUGCUGGACUCUUGGAAUGUUGGCCAUUGGCUCUUAUUGGUGGUUUAUCUUUCGCUGUCAUUCAAGGAAUAUUCGCCAACCUUGUAGGUCCUGAACUUCCUGAUCUUAUUGCUGGUUUGGUAUCUCUCUUUUCGCUGAUUAUUUUUGUACAAUAUUGGAAACCUCCUUAUCGUCCAGAAUUUGCUGCCAAGGUUGCAUUAGCUGAACCAAAUACUGAUGAAGAAUCAAACUCAACACCAAAUCGCUCGGAUAAUUCUAUAGAUACGACUGGAAACGAAAAGAUUGAAGUCUCAAGCACCGGUCACUUGCCUCAGCAGAUUGAUAACAACAAUAACGACAGCAAUAGCGGUAACAACGACAAUAGCGGUAACAAUAGCGUUAGCAACAACAGUAACAACAAUGGUAGUAUCAGCAGUAGAAGUAGCGUUCAGAGCAACAUCAAAAAUGGAGAAACUACAAUUCGUGAAGUUCCAUCACCUGUUUUACUCAAAAAGACUACUUGGUUAGAAGGUGCUAUAGCAUGGAGUCCUUGGCUUAUUAUAGUUGUAGUGGUGAUCAUAUGGACUUUUACCAAGGCCAGCGCUGUAGGUCAAGUCAGUGUUUAUUGGCCGAAUUUACACCAGCGGGUAUGGUUGACUCUGUACGGUAAAAAGUAUGAUGCCAUUUGGAGCUUUCAACCUCUCGCCACAGGUACAGCUAUUCUUGUCUCAUCUGUACCUUUCAACAUCAUUGUACUACUUUAUGGCGGUCAUCCUCGUAUUUUCCUUCAAGCUAUCAUCAGAACGGUUAAACAGCUUAUAUUCCCUGUGUUUACCGUAUCAUUUAUUAUGGCACUGGCAUAUCUCUACAACUAUUCUGGUAUUGUUUAUACGAUUGGAUUGACUUUAUCCUCCGUUGGUCGAGCCUUCCCUUUUCUUUCUGCUUGGUUGGGAUGGUUAGCUUGUUUCCUUUCUGGUAGUGAUACAUCAGCGAAUUCUCUCUUCGGUAACCUUCAAGUGGUAGCAGCUCGAGAAAUCGGACUCUCUGCUGUGUUAAUGGCAAGUACAAAUUCCUCUGGUGCCAUUUGUUCAAAAAUGAUCUCCCCUCAAAAUCUUACUACUGGUGUUUCUACAAUUGGUUUACAUGGUAAAGAAGGUGUUAUCUUACGCCGUACGAUUUUACAUUCUAUUGGUAUGGUUUGUUUUGUGGGUGUAAUGUGUUGUGUACAACAGUAUGGUAUUCCUGGAAUCAUCCCGCCAGAAGACUACUCUCGCCCCUGAUUGAAAUUAUAGUUUUACAUGUUAUCCUUAUAAGAUUUAUAAUUAUAUUUUGUAUAUUGAUUGAUUACUUGAAUAAACAUUUUUUUUUUUUUUUU